UAAACGAGACCCCUUAAUGGGCCUUGAGCCCAUUACUAUAAAGCCCAAAUUCAAAGAGCUUAUAUCACCAAAGACCCGCAAGAGAUGGUGGAUUGAUAGACACGGAAAAGAGAGAUUUGCGAGGUUAGGGUUGGAUCCGAAGAUGUUAGAUCUUCCAAGUGAUAUGGAGGAGGAGGUGCUCUCUAGGGUUCCGGUGACAUCUCUGGGGAAACUGCGAUUGACCUGUAAAAAGUGGAACACUUUAACGAAAGGUGAGAGCUUUUUAAAGAAGAAUGGAAUUGAGGUGGUGAUGCUGGUGGAAUCUAGAGUUUCCUUGAUGACCGUCGAUUUACUCUAUCCGUCUAUAGAGCGUAUCGGUAAUCUCGAUGCAGAUGGAAUCAAAAUAUCUAAAAUCUUUCACUGCCAAGGUUUAUUCUUAUGCAUCAACAAGGACAAAGACAAAGACUCCUCUAGGCUUGUUGUUUUGAACCCUUUUUUGGGACAAACAAGGUAUAUCGAAUUACCUAGAAAUUCUUCUUACCACAUACGGGAGAAGUACGCUCUGGGAUACGAGAAAAAGAAUCACAAAGUCUUGAGAUUUGUGAAUGAGUACUACGAGAUCAGUGGCGACCGAAUUUGUGAGCUUCAGAUGUACAGUUUAAACUCCAAUUCAUGGAAGGUCAUUGAUGAUUUCACUCCGGACUGGUAUAUUUCGUAUCAAUACAGUGGCGUGUCUCUAAAGGGAAACACUUACUGGUAUGCUCAAGAUGAGAUCCCAUUUGAUGGUCGGAUAUCAGAUCACUCUAAUUUUCUACUAUCCUUUGAUUUCACAAAAGAGAGAUUUGGACCGCGUCUGCCUCUGCCUUUCCACGGUUUCUAUAGACAUAAUGUCACUUUUUCUAGUGUUAGAGAAGAGCAGCUUGCAGUACUGUUUCAGUCAAGAUAUGAACUUGAUUCCGUCGUCAAGAUAUGGAUUACUAAUAAGAUUGAGCCUAAUGCAGUGUCGUGGAGCAACUUGUUGUUUGCUGUUGAUAUGAAACCAGUCGCUGGUUUUCAGUUUCCUUAUGUCGCUGGGAGUUUCUUCGUUGACGAGGAUAAGAAGGUCGCGGUUGUGGUUGAUAAAGAGGAUAAAUGUCACCCUCACAACAUAGUUUACAUCAUUGGAGAUAAUGGAAUCUUGAAUAAAGUGGAUCUAGGCGAAUCUACAGACAACAAGUGUUUCCCACUUGUGUGCUCUUAUGUUCCAAGCUCAGUGCAAAUCCCAAACACACCCUAAUCUCUUAAUUUUGUAUUGUGGUGUUUAUUUAUUGUUUUCUUUUCUCAUCAUGGACUCUACUAAUCCAUGGAACCUUAGACUCUCUCACUCUCUCUCUUGGUCCGAAACACCGUGGACUUUGUAGUGGUGAUGUUUGCAUCAUAUCCUCGAAAUUUUAUGUUAACAUUCAGAUCCAAGGAAAACUAGCAUGUCCCAGAUCAGAACAUAUAUGAAUGCAGACCAAAAAGAAGAAGAAGAAGAAGAAGAAGAAAAAUAUUUGAAAAGAAAGUUAUUGUUCUUCAUGUUAUAUGUAGUUUAGAAAGUAUCUAUAUUUUUUGUUUUGGAUCAUGACUCUGUUAUGGUAUCAAUCAGAAUCGGUGAAUGACCCAAAGAUAAAA